CCAUGGUUCUGAGAUCACAUGCAGGGAUGGGUUAAAGUAGUUGAAGGCUGUUGGAUUCUAGCGGAGUUACUGACUUCUUAGCUACAGACUGCACAGCGAACAGAGAACGUAGAAACAAGCGAUUCAAACAGAAGAAAUAGAGGAGAGCGAGAGAGACCCUGGAGGGAAAGAAUGAAUGGAACAGCAGGAGUGUAAAAAAAGACGAGAGAAAUAAGAAACAAAGGCGAAGCUAGAAAGAAGUAUUGUUUCAAGAGCCGGUGGUUAAGCUGCAAAUCUAAGGGUGGGAACACUGCACAGAAUGGCAUGUUAAAAUCAGAAAAGUCCAGAAACAAAGAAGAGCAAAGAAGCAGGUUGAGAAACCAGUGAAGAAAGUUGGAGAAAGACCAAGAUCAGAGAAAACUGUACCGGGCUACUUGGAAAUCAUACACAUACAAAAUGGACCAAGAGAGGGAACAGUUUCAGGGGAUGUAACUCAAAGUGGAUGGGAUGCAGGCAUUUCCCUCUUUUUUCCUUUCCCCUGAUAACUGGAUUUGCAGAAUUCAGAUGGGAAUAAGCUGACCAUACACCAGGUAUUCACCCCACAGUGACUGCCAAAUAUGGCUGCCACCGCUGCUACCCACCAGCCCUGAGGUACCACCACCUUGUGUUGUGUGUACACUUGUGUGUAACACCCACUCCCUCACACAACACCAGAAACCUCUCAGCUCUACAACGAAGAGCACCUCAUGAUAAAGCGAGUCAUGGGCAGCAUCCGGGUAAACAGGUACAGUAUUGUCUCCACUGAAGAGGAUGGACAUAAAGUUUCUUCCCUUGGCAGCAUCAAUGGGCACAGUCGGAACGGAAAAGGCCACGCCCCGCGACGGAAACGCCGCAACCGUUUUGUGAAGAAGAACGGCCAGUGCAAUGUCUAUUUUGCCAACCUGAGCAACAAAUCCCAGCGCUACAUGGCUGACAUUUUCACAACAUGUGUGGACACUCGCUGGCGAUACAUGUUCAUGAUCUUCUCGGCGGCCUUCUUGGUCUCCUGGCUGUUUUUCGGCCUUCUCUUCUGGAUCAUUGCUUUCUUUCAUGGUGACUUAGAUGCCCCCAGUGCAGGAAGCGGCUCUCCUGCAGCAACAAAAUUCUGCAUCAAGCACGUCACUGGGUUCUUGGGAGCUUUCCUCUUUUCGGUAGAAACACAGACAACCAUCGGUUAUGGCUUCCGAUACGUGACUGAGGAAUGCCCCCUAGCCAUCAUGGUGGUAGUGGUACAAUCCAUUGUGGGCUGUGUUAUUGACUCUUUCAUGAUAGGCACUAUCAUGGCUAAGAUGGCACGCCCCAAGAAAAGGGCCCAAACUCUCCUUUUUAGCCAUCAUGCUGUCAUCUCUCUACGGGACGGCAAGCUCUGCCUCAUGUGGCGGGUGGGAAACUUGAGGAGGAGCCAUAUUGUGGAAGCUCACGUUCGGGCCCAGCUUAUCAAGCCCUACAUGACGGCAGAAGGUGAGUACCUUCCAGUGGACCAGCGAGACCUGAAUGUGGGCUAUGACAUAGGCCUUGACCGCAUCUUCUUAGUGUCUCCCAUUAUUAUCGUUCACGAGAUCGAUGAGGAAAGCCCACUCUAUGGGAUGGGCAAGGAACAGUUGGAGAGGGAGGACUUCGAGAUUGUUGUCAUCCUUGAGGGCAUGGUGGAGGCUACAGCCAUGACCACCCAGGCUCGCAGCUCCUACCUGGCCAGCGAGAUCCUCUGGGGACACCGUUUUGAGCCUGUUGUCUUUGAGGAGAAGAAACAUUACAAGGUGGACUAUUCACGCUUCCACAAGACCUACGAGGUGGCUGGAACCCCUUACUGCUCUGCUCGGGAAUUGCAGGAGAGCAAGAUCACCAUCUUGCCUUCACCUCCACCGCCCCCCAGUGCCUUCUGCUAUGAGAAUGAGCUGGCUCUUGUCAGCCAGGAUGAAGACGAGGAGGAGGAUGACUUGGCUGUAGGAGUAGAUUUAGGAGGAAGCGCCACGGAAGAUGCAGGAGUCAUACCUAUGAUGGAGUUUGGGAGCCACAUGGACCUUGAUCGGUUGCAGGUCUCCAUCCCUCUGGAUGCCCUCUCAUACCGCAGGGAAUCUGCCAUCUAAUCUCCACACUGAACUUUCCAUCCCAUCCUUAUUCUCCACCAUUUCCUUCUCCCUUCAGUACCAGUGCUUGGUUGGAAAAGCCCCUCAGUACUGCUUCUUCUACUGACUCUUAAAAACCUGAGAAUGUAAAGACGCUCAGGCAUCUUGCUAUGAGGGUUAGGAAAAACAAUGUUUUCAGACAUUCUGAAUUCAGAACAGAACUGAGAUCAUUUCCCCACUUCAUUUCCACAGUUCAGCUUUUCUGUGUGGCUCAAAACU